ACCAAUAGAUUAUUAAAAAGAGACGCUAAUCAAUGGAUAUAUUCAAAGCUGAAAAUCUGGAGGAGAAAUUUCGGUCCUUAUCGGUCCAGCUUCGAACAGAGUGUGCCAUUUUUGAAAGAAUUGUUUACAAAAACAAGAACCAGCACAGAAGAAGCUCCUACUUCCAGUACCUCCUAAAGGUGAGGAGGGAUUUGAGACUGCUGCAAUCGGUUAAAUUGGAGGAGAUUUUGUGUUCCUACUUUCAGGUUAUCACUGGAAAGAAACCUAAACAAAAGGUGCGUCUUUUGGAAAGUUUGAAGAGGAGAAAAUGUGACGGUGGAAAACACAAUUUUAUGGAACGACUUCUAGGAGCUGCACGCCUUCUGUCAGAGAUGGUUGAGCCAAUGUUGAGGGCAGCAACUGAGAUAUCUAUUUUGCUUGCCCGUUCUUUCUUUAUGGGAUUUUCUCUGAUGGUUUUGGCACUGCUUGCACGCCUUCGAGUUUUGGUUCAGCAAAUGUUACACGAUGUUGUUUUGGUAUUCAACACGGUCUCUUCUCUCUCCCAGAAGAAACAAUCUGUAAAAAUUGCUGAGGAAGGAGUCGAGGUAUUUAGAGAAUACUACCCUACUAAUGUGGAAUUUCCCACACUAGAGUGUGUAUGGAAGACAGAUAAGUUUGUGUUGGUCGAGAGAAUGCUCAAGAGCGACCACGAAAUGCAAGUAGCAGAUCAUGGAAACGAUUUGAGCAGAACAUCAGCUGUAAAAUAUCGGAGUAUUGAGUCGUUUCUUGGAGGCGACGAUCUUGGUUUGGUGGUGGUGGACGAUGCUGGUAAAGGUCCCGAUCUUGUUAAGGAAGAUGAAAUCAAUCUUUUGGCAAGCCCUUCCAAUUAGAACGUUAAAAUUCCACAAGUUUAAGAUGGUGAGGAAAUGCGAGACAAUGCAGAUGCUGCCAGAACUCAACACAACAAAGUUCCUAAUGAAGGUCCCUUGCUUGCACCCUUUAGCUAUUCUCAAAGUUCAUUCUCUUUGAAUCAGAAGUCUGCCGUGAACAAAGUGGCAUUCAUCUCUGUCAAAACACCUGCACCCUCAACAUCAAAUGUAACAAAUAUUAACCUCAAGGGAGCUGAAGAAGAUUGGUGGCAAAGAGGAUUCAUUUUUUGAUUUGCUCUCUGGUGGAUGCCUCAAAAAUAGUCUCUUCUGAUUUUUUUUUUUGCAUGCGGGGAACCUAAAUUCUGGGAAUUCCCAAAGUUUUGUUCUUGAUUCAUUCUCUAUAAUCAAAAUUUUUUGUAAGAACCAUUUCAGUGAGUUGUACGUAUGUGAAAAAGGGAGGCUUCCACUA